AUGAGCAGCCAUGUCGCGAAAGUCAUGGAGCCACUGGAUGUGCUUGGAAACUGGAGCAUUUUGUCAGCGGGCUUCAAGGAGGCGAAGAAGGCAAAGAAGGCAGCAGCAGAAGCAGACCACGCCCAUAUAGUUUUCCCGUGUCGAAGCCUCACUCGCGCGAGGUGGUCCGAUGCGCGUGGCAAUGUGCAAGUUGUUGGUGCCGACGCCUGGCCCGAAGGCUGGGUGGGAGGAGGUCAACAAGAUACUCGAGAAGUUUGGGGCGCUCAUCGGGAAGACUUGGUCACUGGAGAAUCCGGAAGACUCCUGUGCAUGGGAGCACUCAAAGAUGGCCAAGAUCUUGAAAGGAAAGGGGUGCACAGAGUAUCGCCCGCGCCUAUGUUGCCGGUCCUUCAGUCGCCCCACAACACCUCUUUCUACACCAAGUCCACCCAACCUGGCGACUCGUUGCGCGAGAGCUCUUAUAGUAGCAAGAUCUGGUUCCCGCUGGGUGGUGCAUGGAGGGAGCAAGAGAGGGGCUUAGACGGGGAGGUGCUCCGGACCAACAUUGAUGAUGGCCGAGAAUUUGUGAACGGCUGCAUCCCUAACUGGAGCUCUGAUUGCGCGAUCCGUUCGCCAGCGGCAGUGGAACACAAACUCUCCUGGGCCUACUACCGUAUGCGUGGCAUGCGGGCAGCGCUGGGUCACACGGAUCAAGUGCCAAGCAGUAAGCAGAGUAGGCAGCAGUUCAAUUUCUGGACGGAUUUGCGGCCACCCUUCCGUAUCAAAGGGAUGAAGCGAGAUGCUGACGACGGACAUCCGGAUGGACCCUUGUUUCGGAUUAGCUAUUGCUGCCCUUUGGACUAUGUCACCGAAAGAAAGUGGGGCCGACGCACAGCUGAAGGGACCUUUGAGAACCUGGUGCAUGGCGUAGCUGAAGUUCGUAUCCCCAAGGACUUCCCGCAAGUUUCAACUCGCAUCAUUGUACUGAGCUGGGGGCGCGUGGAGAUCAAGUUCGGCACAAAGCCGAAAGUGGACAAAGAAGCAGGGGCCGUGGACCCCAAGAAGUGGAGCCCCAUCGCUGCCGAGUUCCACCUCAGGUCCAAUUGUAGCCGUUUGGCCAGCCUGCGCGAGUCCCUGCACGAGGCGAACCUCAAAAUGGCUGGGCAGUCGAAUCAGCAGGCGGUGAGGCCAUGGCAAAAGGCAUUGAUGAAGCCUUCUGCCACGUUGGCGGACUUCAUGAAGGCUGAGCAGCUGGAGCAGAAGGAGGUGGAGUCUGUCAAAAGAGAUCUCAGGCUACGCACUGCUUGUGCGGGCUUCAUUGAGAAUGCGGGAUGA